UUUUAGCUACCGUCCAUCUUCAGCUACAUUACAGUGAGCGAGCCUGUCGAAAAGAAAAUAUAUUUUGGAAGUAAAGAAGAUUUUCUGGAAUUAGUUUUGGCUUUAUUUGAAAUAAGACAAACGAAAGCCCAUACCCUAGAUCACUUUUUGACAGACGGAAUGUGGAAAUUGUCGUAGUCAGAGCCAUGGCUGAUAAAAGAAAACUACAAGGUGAAAUUGACAGAUGUUUGAAAAAAGUAGCGGAAGGUGUUGAACAGUUUGAGGACAUCUGGCAAAAACUCCACAAUGCAGCUAAUGCGAACCAGAAGGAAAAAUAUGAAGCUGACCUCAAGAAAGAGAUUAAAAAAUUACAGCGAUUGAGAGAUCAAAUAAAAACAUGGGUGGCCUCGAACGAAAUCAAAGACAAACGGCAGCUAGUAGAGAACCGAAAACUAAUAGAGACGCAAAUGGAGCGGUUCAAAGUGGUGGAACGUGAAACAAAAACAAAAGCCUACUCUAAAGAAGGCUUAGGACUUGCUCAGAAGGUGGAUCCAGCUCAGAGGGAAAAGGAGGAAACGGGACAGUGGCUAACAAAUACAAUAGACACACUAAAUAUGCAGGUGGAUCAGUUUGAGAGCGAAGUGGAGUCACUUUCAGUCCAGACGCGGAAAAAGAAGGGUGACAAAGAGAAGCAAGAUCGCAUUGAUGAACUAAAGCGGUUGAUUGAGAGGCAUAGAUACCACAUUCGCAUGUUGGAAACAAUUUUACGGAUGCUGGACAAUGACUCUGUUCCGGUGGAUGCUAUCCAGAAGAUCAAGGAUGAUGUUGAGUACUACAUUGAUUCCUGUCAAGACCCGGACUUUGAGGAGAACGAGUUCCUGUAUGACGACUUAGACCUGGAAGACAUCCCUCCGGCAUUAGUCGCCACGUCUCCAUCAGGCAACGUGGAAGAUGACAUGUAUCUCCACUCGAGCAGCACUCCCACAUCAACAACAUCUUCUUCGCCCAUCCCUCCAUCUCCGGCCACUUGCACUGCUGAGAACUCAGAGGACGAUAAGAAAAGAGGACGGUCGACAGACAGUCAAGUUAGUCAGUCGCCUGUGAAGAACGGUGCCCCAUCCUUGCAAUCUUCCUUCUCUUCUUCUGCCACCUCUGGGUCCUCUUCUUCCUCCUCCCUCUCCAUGGCGAGCGUCGUCGGAGGCAUUCCUGCCGUUCCCACCAGCAGCAGUCUCAUAGGAAGUUUCAGCAGCGCGGUACAGCAACAUCAGCAUCAAUCUGCACAACAGCAGCAACAAUCUCAGCCGUCGAAUCCGUCGCAGCAGCAGCAACAGCAGCAGCCGCCUCAAACAAAACCGUCAGCUCCCUCAAACAAUAACAACCCCAGCCCGCCGAGCAACCCACUUCUCCCAGCAUCCACCGCCCCGUCACUCUCCACGCCCAGCACACCCAGUUUAACAGCUCCCAACUCCCAGUCCAGCCCCGGGCCGACCCCGGCGUCCAGCCUAGGACUGGGGCUGGGCUUGGAUUUAAGGAAAAGUGGCAUGAGCGGGACCAGCAGUGCCAACCAGAUGCCGAGUUUAGGCCUGGCUGGCCACAGCACUCCUUUAAACACAAUGGCCAGUCUGAUUCAAAGCUCCACGUCUGCCCUCUACGCGCACGCAGCGGCGUCUGGGGGCCUGGGUCUGAGCAGCACCACUCAGUCCAGCAUUUUGCCAGAGAGUAGCACUUCCAUCUCCAAUUCGAGUUCCAGCGGGGUCACCACCAAUGGAGCGGGGUCGGGGCUCAGCUUGCUGGGCUCCAGCCCGGCCCACAACUCUCUCACUGGCAGCAUCCUGGGUCUGGUCCCUGGGCAGAGCGUGGCCCCCGCCACCUCACAGGUGCCCCCAAGUCCUGCCAGCUCCGCCCCCGGAUCCGUUGGCAUGAUGGUAGGAAACGGAGGGAAUGCCGGUGUGGUCGGAGUGAACGCUGCUCCCGCCAGACCGCCGAGCGGACUGAAGCAGAACGGAAGCCCAAGUUACAGUGCUGUAGUGGCAGAGAGCUCCACAGAAUCAGCUCUAAGUACACCAAGCCAGUCACAGAGCAGCCAAACCUCGUCACUCAGUUCCUCAACCAGCCAACCGAUGGACAACGGCCCCAGCUUAAUCAGCUCCAUCACACUGCCCCCAAGCUCUCCCUCACCCUCCUUCUCAGACAGCACACCGGGCGGAGGGAGCCUCCUCAACGGGCCCCACUCGUAUCCGCAGGCCUCUGAGGGCCUCAAGGCUCCGGAGCCCCUCAGCUCUCUGAAGGCGAUGGCUGAGAGAGCAGCGCUGGGAUCAGGAUUAGACGGAGAGAUUUCCAACAUGCAUGUAAACGAUAUCUUCUCUGGUUCGUCGGCAGCGCCCGGCACACCCGCCGCGCCUCAGCCGUCCGUGUCGGAGGUCAGCAUCCCCCCCUCGCUCGGGGUCUGUCCCCUGGGCCCGACCCCUCUCUCCAAAGACCAGCUGUACCAGCAGGCCAUGCAGGAGGCGGCGUGGACGCACAUGCCACACCCUUCUGACUCCGAGAGGAUCAGGCAAUACCUGAUGAGGAAUCCCUGCCCUACUUUGCCAUACCACCAUCAAGUCCCGCCGCACCACUCUGACACCAUCGAGUUCUACCAGAGGCUGUCCACAGAAACUCUCUUCUUCAUCUUCUACUACCUGGAGGGCACCAAGGCUCAGUAUCUAUCUGCCAAGGCUCUGAAGAAACAGUCAUGGAGGUUUCACACCAAGUACAUGAUGUGGUUUCAGAGGCACGAAGAGCCCAAGACGAUUACUGAUGAGUUUGAACAGGGCACUUACAUUUACUUCGACUAUGAGAAAUGGGGCCAGAGGAAAAAAGAGGGGUUCACCUUCGAGUACAGGUACCUCGAGGACAGAGACUUGCAGUGACACACACAGAGGGACGCAAAAGGACAGAGAAAAACAAAACGUGCUGCUGUUGACAUUCCGAGACUGAACUCCAAACUGUGGAUAGAGAUUGUGAUGUGUAGUAGAAACCCUCUCCCGACACGGAGACCGGUGUCUGUAUAGGCUGCAUCUCAAUGUGAAGCCCUAGCUCCUCGUGUAGUGCUCUUUCUUUUUCGACAAAAAAAACAAACAAACAAAAAAAUAAUACCCUGUGGUCCGAUCAAACGUUGCCACGCUGCACGAGCUGGGAAGGCUCCCGUUGGAGAUCGGCGUCUGUGUGCACACUCGGUAUGUGGCAUUAGGAAAAGCCUACCCAAACCCUCCCUGCCCCCCAUGCAUGUUUCUCAUAUAAUUUUUUUCUUUUUCUUUUUCCGUUUCAACAACGAUUCUCUGUACCACCUGCCCAACAUGAGCCUGGAAGCCUUUUGACUCGACACAAAACAAACCUUGGAUUAGAUUGUUAUGGUGCCCAUCUUGUAUUUUCUGUAAUUCGGUGGUUUAGAACGGGGACGUUCAGUGGACAUUUAGUGAUGGUGUGUAGGAACGGCUUCUUUUAAGACCCUACAAUGCCUGUUGAAUAUGGUCACUAUUGAAGAUAGUGAGCGCUUAUCAAUAGUUUUAUUGAUAUUGUCUUGGUCGAUUAAAACGUGAGUGAGAGUGACCACAGGGCCUCUCCCUGUGUAAGGGAAAGAGUCCUUAUUGGACAUGGAUUAAAUUGCUAUGCAAUUGAACUGGUCUCUGACUCUCUUUACAAAUAAAAUGUUUUUAAGUUAACCUCUCAAAGAUAUUAUGGCGCCUUCAUGUUUGUGAUGACGUAAUAAACAUGUAAAAUAAAUCUUAACAUUAGGGUUUGAGACAUUUUAUCUGCUUGAUCUGUUUGACUCUUUCACCAUCAGCAAUUUCUCUUCUAUACAAAAACACAUUUCAGAGUACACAAUGCAGCUAUAGGUGCAUCUGAACAAAUCAGAGUAAAACUGAGAACAUAUAAGCCAAGUGUUUGUUUCUGGUCAUUUUCUAUGACCUAGUAUUCAGUUUCUCAGACGUUUUAAUACAGAAAUGUUGCCAUGUAUCAUACAGUGUUUGCUUUAAUCACUGGAUUAAUGCAGAGUGACAUGGAGGCCAUCUUCUCCCUGGUAAAACUGCAGAUAAUGAGGUUUAUUUAGGCUAGGUCAGUGAUAGCAUGGUUAAUAAACAAAUUAUUGGUAUUUCUGUCAGUAUGGACACUGCAAAAAUACAAUCUUACUAAUUAUUUUUUUGUCUAGUUUCUUUUGUACACUUGAAGUAAGAAAAAGUUUUUAAUAAGAAAAAGUUGCUUAUUUUAGCACCUAUUGAAACUAGUACUUUAAGUGAUAAAGUAUUAGUUUCACUGGAAGAUUAUAUCACUUAUAGCUAGCAACAUUUAGUAAGAUUUUGUGUUUUUGCAGUGUAUAAAGUUGUCCUGAAAUCUGGUAGGCCACCAUGUUGAUAAAAGCAAAGUACCUCAAAACCAGCAGAUGAAAUUCCACCCCAAAUCACCACCCACUGUGGAAACUUCACACUGGACCGCAAGCAGCUGGGAUUCUGGGCAUUUCCACUCUUCUAGAUCAAAAAGUGACACUUACUUGGAUCUAAAAAGAUGACUUCAAACCUUUGAGCAACAGUCUAGUUUUGUUUCUCCUAAAGACUUUGUAUUUGUCUCAGUUGUUUGUGGACCUUUUUCUCUUCCAUUAAGCUUCCUAUUUACAUGCUUUCAUUUCCAAAUUAAAUGCUUAUGUUAGGUUUAUCUGAAAAGAGGACCGGUCUAGUCCAAUAUCCUCUUAGCCCAGGUAACCAUCUUUAAGUCCUUAUGUGUAGCAAACUUUUUUUCUUCCACUCAACCUUGCAAUAUGUUUGGACACAGCACUAUUAUAAAACAGUUAUCGUUUGUGGCUUAUCCUAUGAUUGUGCUGGUUAUAAUAUUUCUGUAUUCAAAACCUCUACUGGUCACAUGUAAUAUCCUAUUUCCUGAGAAACUAAACAUUGGGUUUGUUAUAAACCAUAAUCAUAAAAAUUACAAGAUGAUUUGAAAUUUAGUCUUAAGUCAUUGAGCUCCACCUGUCACAUCUUUAUCAAACAACAAAAUGAACUUGGAUAAAGUUCUCCCGUUUAAUCCUCAAACCCACUUUGUUUAAUUUACCACCAGAUAUUUAAGUUAAACCCGCAUACAGCGAAUGUACACUGAUACAACUGUUUACAUGUAGAGUUUAAAUAUAGAAAUGUUAAAAGAUUGGUGGUAUUUUUAACUAGUGGGUUGAUCUCAAGCUGCCGCCUUGUCUUCAUGUGUUCCUCUGCGUCCAGCUUUUCCGUUCAGACAACCAUGAGAGCGCCGCAUCUGUACUGCACUGGACAUUGUGUAUGAUUUUGUUCUUUUGAGAGGCAGGUGAAAGAAGAGGAAAUGCAAAGUUCUGAGGUCUGCCUUUUAUAGAUUAUAUUUUUGGGGGACUUUUAAGGAUUUUUUUUGAAAGGGAAAGGUCAGUAUAGAAGCUGCCUAAAUGUGAAUUUUCAAGCAAUUUCUCGUUACAAUUCUGCAUGGGAGAUGUCAAAACUGGGGUUACAAACGAUUGUAAAAGUUCAAUAAACACUUUUAAGAAAUAA